AUGGACUCGAGCGAUCUCGGAUCUACAAUCGCGAAAUUCCCAGUAAUUAACCCAUCAAAUGGUGGAAUAAUAACUGAAGUACCGAAUAUGGGCGUUCCUGAGACGGAAGUGGCUAUUCAGAGGGCAUACGAAACUUUCCAAAUAUGGCGUAAAACAACCGCAAAGGAACGAAGUGACAUGCUGAAAACGUUACACAAAUUACUUUUAGCGGAAAAAGAACAACUUGCGAGGACUAUUACCUUGGAAAAUGGAAAGCCUUAUCAAGACUCUUUAGGCGAGGUUGUGUUUGGGGCGAGCUAUUGUGAGUGGUACGCGGAGGAAUGUCGCCGCGUGCAGGGGACCAUCAUCGCAAGUCCCGCCAGAAACAAGCGUAUGAUGACAGUCAAACAACCCAUAGGGGUUUGCGGACUAAUAACUCCCUGGAAUUUUCCUUUGAACAUGAUAGCACGAAAAGCAUGUGCGGCACUGUCUGUUGGUUGUACUGUGGUCUUAAAACCGUCGGAAGAAACGCCAUUGACUGCUAUGGCUUUAAAGAAGUUAGUUGACUCGGCCGGAUUUCCCCCAGGCGUUUUCAAUGUGAUAACAUGCAGUCGAGAUCACGCUCCGGAAGUUGGGAAUAUCCUAUGCAAACAUCCUAAAGUUUCCUUAAUUUCCUUUACCGGAUCUUCUGCAACUGGAAAGAUAUUACUAGAGCAAUGUGCAAGCACCGUAAAGAAAUGCCACAUGGAAUUAGGAGGAAAUGCACCAUUCAUCGUAUUUCCGUCCGCUGAUCUUGAUUUGGCAGUAAAUGGAGCGAUCGGUUCGAAAUUCCGAAACACUGGACAAACGUGUCUUUGCCCAAACCGCUUCUUCGUACACCAUGACGUUCUUGAGGAGUUUGUUGAAAAGCUUGCCGUGGCUAUGGAUCAUAAACUCAUCACCGGAGACGGGUUCGCCGAGGGAGUCACUCAAGGCCCUCUCAUCAAUGAAAUCGCAGUUAAAAAGGUCGAUACGUUUGUCCAAGAUGCGGUUCAGAAAGGAGCAAAGAUUGUCCGCGGGGGUAAACGAAGUGGUGAAGGAAACAACUUCUAUCCAUCCACACUGCUAACUGGGGUGUCUGUCGAUAUGCUGUGUUAUGCCUAUACCUCGGAUGCGCAGCAAAUUUGGAGAAUAGCCGAUGCCCUUGAAUGUGGAUUACUAGGCAUUAACGAGGCCCUUGUGUCGACUGUUGAAGGACCACAUGGGGGUGUGAAGGAGUCUGGCAUCGGAAGAGAAGGGGGAGUAGGCGUGGGAAUAGAAGAUUUUCUGGAAGUGAAAUAUCUGUGUAUUGGAAAUCAGUAA